CUCCACAGUGCCAGUCUCUCCAAUCGCGUGUCGAGCGCCUCGCUCCGGCCAGGCCGGGGUGUCGAUCGCCGCUCCCAUCGGAGGCCGGGGCUGGAGGAUGGCGGAGAAGAUCCAGAAGAGUGUAAAGAUUGCUCCUGGAGCUGUUGUGUGUGUAGAAAGUGAAAUCAGAGGGGAUGUGACUAUAGGACCUCGAACGGUGAUCCACCCUAAAGCACGCAUCAUUGCAGAGGCUGGGCCCAUUGUUAUCGGUGAAGGAAACCUAAUAGAAGAGCAAGCCCUGAUCAUCAAUGCUUACCCAGAUAAUAUAACCCCUGACACUGAAGAUCCAGAUCCAAAACCUAUGAUCAUUGGAACCAAUAAUGUGUUUGAAGUUGGCUGCUAUUCCCAAGCCAUGAAAAUGGGAGAUAACAAUGUCAUUGAAUCAAAAGCGUAUGUGGGCAGGAAUGUAAUACUGACAAGUGGCUGCAUCAUCGGGGCUUGCUGCAACCUAAACACUUUUGAGGUCAUUCCCGAGAAUACGGUGAUCUAUGGUGCAGACUGCCUUCGCCGGGUGCAGACGGAGCGGCCACAGCCCCAGACGCUACAGCUGGACUUCUUGAUGAAAAUCCUGCCAAAUUACCACCAUCUGAAAAAGACGAUGAAGGGAAGCUCCACUCCAGUUAAGAACUAGGAACAGAGUUGGGUGUCCUGACGGCGUCCCCCGUGACUGCUGCCAGUUUCCACGGGGAACACUCGCUGGCUCACUGUAAGACUGACUAGAGAGAAAAGCAGUGGAUUUUCCUGUUAACUGGCCUUUCUAAUUUAUAGAAAAUGUCUUCUUUUCCUGUAUCCUUGCGCCUGUUCUGAUCCUCUACAGAUUCAGAGUCUUCUUUUUUAUGUUAUAUAAAAUGUUAACCACAAAAUUGAUUAGGCAAAAAGACUACUCAUGAUGUUAAGAAAGGGCAUAUUGUUAUGUGUUUACAUUCCAGCAUGUACUAGACUAAAUAAACUGCUGGUGACGGGACUUGUAGCGAGCAUACUUUAAUCAGUUUGGCUAUUUGCAGUAAUCUUCCCACAAUAGCUGGCUUAGCUCUUAUUAUUUAUUUUUAUGAUAUAUUAAAGCUAAUGUGUUUACCUUUCCCCCUAGUAAACUUGUAUUAUUUAAAAUUUCAGCAAUUGAAUUAACUUAGACUUCACUUUGUUUUUUAGUAUAUACAUUUGCAUACAUAGAGAGACACAUAUCUUUUUUUCUUUUCAGAGAAAAUAACCUAAUAAGACUCUCCAGUAGAAUACAAUACAAAAUAAUUCUCUGUUACAAAAAUAACAAGUAAAUAAAUGAUCAUUUAGUUUAUUGGAUAGCUGGUUUCUAAGGAAAAUAAAACUUAGAGAUUUUGA